AUGAGUGAGAUUGUAGCAAGAACAUCCUUUACCGGUCCGACCGACCGUUCGACGGCCGUUGCUUCCGUCGAAGACACGUCCGACGCGGAACAUAGUAACACGUCUGCCGGGCAGGAGGAAAUGGAGGUUGUCCAGGACCCGCCUACCCCGACCGACCGGGUUGAUGACGAAAGGGACGUACGCCCUGUUAAUACUGAUGCCGUUCAAUCGGAGUCGGUGGAGGCAACAGACGCUUCUUUACCCCCGCCGCUCCUCCCGGUGCCAACUUCUGCCGAUACUGUAACGCCUUCAGCGGAAAGUAAAAAGCAACGUCGCCAGCGGGGCAAGGGUAAACAGGUCAAGGAUCCGAACUCGGCCGCCCUCGCGAAUCCGCCAGCCACGGAGAGUGGCAGUGAAAGUGAGGCAAUGUCACAGGGUUCCUCCCGUAGUAGCAGCUCCGCCAGGACAGAGAAGAUUCGAGAACACACUGAACACUUGAAACAAUUUCUCAAUGCCGGGAAGGAACAGGACAUUGCUGCUGCAAAGCGUAAAUUAGAACAGGCCAGUGAGCAGUUACCACAGCGCCCGCGUAAAUAUUCGGUGCCGUCACAGCCGGCCGUCACAUCGCGCGGCGGCCAGGCGGAAGCCACCAAGACGUCGGGCGACGCACGACCACCCCCGCCGCCUGACAGCCAAAGCCCGUGGUGGCAGCAGCAGGAGGAGGAGGACGAGGGGGGGCCAGUAGAAAUGCACGCAGAGCCACAUCGUUGUCAUGAGUCCACCUACAUUGCACUAGACCUGGAAACUACUGUAUCUUGUACUGUGUCCAGUGCUGCCUCAAAACCUAGUGAUACGAAAGUGCGUACCCCUGAUGAUACCAACACCUUCGCAGCCUCCCAACCAACAACCUCAAUGCCGACGCCCAAGGAAACCCCCACAACAACCAACGAGGAAGUCAAUCCAGCGCCCCCCGCAGAGAAAAAGGGGAAAAAAAAAGAAAAAGGGGAAAAAAAAAAAGAAAAAGGGGAAAAAAAAAAAGAAAAAGGGGAAAAAAAAAAGAAAAAGGGGAAAAAAAAAAAGAAAAAGGGGAAAAAAAAAAAGAAAAAGGGGAAAAAAAAAAGAAAAAGGGGAAAAAAAAAAGAAAAAGGGGAAAAAAAAAAGAAAAAGGGGAAAAAAAAAAGAAAAAGGGGAAAAAAAAAAGAAAAAGGGGAAAAAAAAAAGAAAAAGGGGAAAAAAAAAAGAAAAAGGGGAAAAAAAAAAGAAAAAGGGGAAAAAAAAAAGAAAAAGGGGAAAAAAAAAAGAAAAAGG